AUGGCAACCUUUUUCUUCUCCCCGCCGCCCCCACCCACUCCCCAGUUCAAUCUAAACCUCAGUUUAAACUGUGAAGCGAGUUUGGCCCUGCUCAGGCAGGUCCCGGUGGCCGUGAACAUUCCCACGGGCGCCGCAGCGCCGCCGCCGCCGCGGGAGUCCCUCCCACGGCCCGCGGCUCCCCACGCCGCCGCCCGAGCCUCCCUGCGCUCGCACGGAGCGCAUGCCCCGCUCACAACACAGCAUCCCCCGUGCUCUCGGUGCAACCUCCCGGCUCGAGCAGCGGGCUACUUUUGCUUCCUUAAGCGCCCAGCAUCCCCGCGUCUGUCGGUCGGGUCCGAGCGCGUGUUUUGGGACCUGUACUGCGCAGCUCCCGAAAGGCGAGACACUUGUGAACAUUCGAGUGAAGCCAAAGCCUUUCAUGACUACAGCGCAGCUGCUGCCCCGAGUCCCGUGCUUGGAAACAUUCCCCCGAAUGACGGGAUGCCCGGGGGCCCCAUCCCGCCCGGCUUCUUCCAGGGACCGCCUGGGUCACAGCCCUCGCCACACGCACAGCCUCCACCCCACAAUCCUAACAGCAUGAUGGGACCCCACAGUCAGCCGUUCAUGUCGCCGCGCUACGCCGGAGGCCCCCGGCCCCCCAUCAGGAUGGGCAACCAGCCCCCGGGUGCUGUUCCUGGUACACAGCCAUUGCUGCCCAAUUCGAUGGAUCCCACGCGACAGCAAGGGCACCCUAACAUGGGCGGCCCCAUGCAAAGGAUGAAUCCUCCGCGAGGGAUGGGCCCCAUGGGUCCCGGUCCGCAGAACUACGGCAGCGGCAUGAGACCUCCACCCAACUCCCUAGGUCCUGGCAUGCCUGGAAUUAACAUGGGGCCGGGCGCUGGCAGACCGUGGCCGAACCCCAGCAGUGCUAACUCAAUCCCAUACUCUUCUUCAUCGCCUGGUACAUACGUGGGUCCGCCUGGUGGCGGUGGCCCUCCAGGGACACCCAUCAUGCCCAGUCCUGCAGAUUCAACAAAUUCAAGUGACAACAUCUACACAAUGAUUAAUCCAGUACCGCCCGCAGGCAGUCGAUCGAAUUUCCCGAUGGGCCCCGGCUCUGACGGCCCCAUGGGCGGCAUGGGCGGCAUGGAGCCCCAUCACAUGAACGGAUCAUUAGGGUCAGGAGACAUAGAUGGACUUCCAAAAAAUUCUCCAAACAACAUAAGUGGCAUUAGCAAUCCCCCGGGCACUCCAAGAGACGACGGGGAGCUGGGAGGCAAUUUUCUCCAUUCCUUCCAAAAUGACAAUUAUUCCCCCAGCAUGACGAUGAGUGUGUGAUUUCCCUCCCCCUCCUCCUCUCCAGGAUCAAGAGAGUCAGCUGCCGUUCGGAGGAUCUCAACGAAUUAUGCAAGAAGAAGAAGAAGAAGAAGAAGAAGCUAGGUGUAUGGGCAGGGACACGCGUGGCGGGGGCCAAAACCCCAGGUUUAGUUUCAUGCAAUAAAAAGGCUGAACUUUUUAUUCCAUAAAACAUGAAGGACAAAACUUAAAAUAUUUCAAGACAUGACAAGACCCUUCUUUGUGCAGAAGGGUUUAUAUAUGUACAUGACACUUCUUUUUGGAAACAAACGGAAGCCUCUAGCACCCAACUCCGAUCUCUUUGCUUUGUUCUUUUAAAUAAAGACAGAAACCGAACCUGUUGUAUGUUUGUGCCGUGCGACACCAGGAAGCUAGUCUAGAUAUGAAAUCAUGUUGUCUCUGUUGUAGUCAUUUUUUUAAAUAAACUGGACAGUUUACAAUGGUGGUUUUCGUUCAGAAGGCCUG